AUGGGCCACCACCAACGCUACACAGUUGAAGAAUCCAUCGGCCCCAUCCCGUACGUCACCUUCUUGCGCAAGAGCAUCCACAACGUGGCAUUCGGUCGCGACCCGCGCAGCAGCUUCUACUCGCUCUUCAAGGACCCUGCCAGGCACACGAGAGACAUGCAGGUCCUGCGCAUGUUUGUGCGCCGCUACCUGGUGCACACGAGCCAGGGCAACAACCCGCGCCAGGUGCUGCUCUACGCAUUCCUCUCUGUCCGAUGCGCGUGGCCGGAUGUGGACCGUGAGCUGGUGAAUCGUGUGGCGCUCGAGGAGCUUCCCAAUCUCCUCAAGGCCGACUGCGCCAUCUGA